AUGAUUCGAGGAAUGGAAUUGACAACUGGGUACAAAUUUUCCAAAAUACAUUUUUAUAUAAAACUAGUUCUUGCUUCUUCAAUUCGACUCUUAUCUUCUCUCUUAUCUGCAGGCCGUGAACUUUCCUGCAUCGCUUUUCGUGAUAACCAGAAGGGUUAUAUGCUGGAACACAGUGUCGAGCCGCCAACGCCUUCCGAGGCUCAUUCGUCAUCCAAUGAUGUUCCUGGCAGCCCGAGUAAUCUCUAUGAACCUUUAGGGGACGAUGACGUUUCUACAAGUGACGAAAAUACGCCUCUCAAUAAAAGAAACUGGACUUUUCAGCGACACAAUUCGGUCAUUCUUCCCGAAACCGGAGAACGAGUCCAGCGGUCGAUGUCGUUUACCAACUCCAACUUCCAAAGUUUCAAUAUGAAUGGUGAAGAGCUGUUUUUGGCUGACGGAAAUGAACAAAACUCUUCGUGGAGCACGUAUACCCAGCAAAUAAAGACAUACUAUGACAACGAAAUGUGCCGAAAAGUGCUUAAAUGCUCAAUAGCAUAUACCAUAGCGUCUCUAGCCGUGUACUGGGGCCGUUUUGAUCUGAUCCUUGGAAAAUCAGACUCCAAACAUCUCGUUGCUACUGUCGCAGUCUACUUCCAUCCGCUGAGAUCCAAGGGUUCGAUGCACCAAACCCUCUUAUUUGUGGUUGUUUCGUUGCUAUUUAGCUUUCUGGUAUCCUUUGCAUGCCGUAUGGUGUCCCAUAGUUUCUUUAAUUCGGGCCAAGAUGAAGUUUCAUACUCCAUUGACUUGGUGGUGAGCUCGGUAUCUUUGGGUAUAGUGGCCUAUAUGAAACAAAAGGUGAACAAACAGACGUUCAACACGGCUUGCUCCCUCGCCUCAAUUGCAAUUGUUGCUUGUAUCGUGAAGGAAGGAAGUAUGAAUGCUGCAAAUAUCCCCAUUGAGAGACUCACUUCCACCCUUCGAGUCGUUCUCGUAGGAUGUGCCAUAUCAGUUCUUGUUUGCUAUAUCAUCUGGCCCGUGAGUGCCACAGACGAGCUUCGUUCGCACCUCAACGACUCGUACAAUAUCAUGUCGUCGCUUCUUUCAAUAGUCACCAAUCGGUUUUUGUCGUGUGGAAAAUUCACCAAAAAAGACUCCGAUAUGUUUGAUUUGCUCAAGAAGAACAUUUCCCUGCUCAACACCUCACUAGAAGAAAGCAGGUACGAGCUUUUCGCAUUGGGAAGAGAAUUAGAAUGGAAAGUGCUCAACCAGCUAGUCACCAAAACCAUAGCUUUGGCCCGUCAUUUGCAGGCUUUGCGAAGCUCCAACGAAAUGCAAUGGGAGCUCCUUCACGACUCCAACCAGCCGCUGGCGGUCGCAAGUUUGACAAGCUACAGAAUCUCGGAAAUGCCAUCGAAAUCUGGGGGAACCUCGACCGACGAAGUGAUGGACUCAACCCAAUUAUUUGAGCUUUUUGUUCAUACUUUGGCACCAUCUACAAAGUCGUUUCUUUUCACCAUCAAAAGCAUUUUGAGCGAGGUUCCUUUCGAGGAUUUUCAUGAAGAUACAGACACAAGAUUCACCAAUACCGUCAACUACCAGCACUCGCUUCGCAGCGCCGUUGCCUUGUUCGAGGACAAGCAGCAAGCAUCUUUUGAGCGUAUAUACUCGCAGGAUGUGUUCAAGUCGUCUCAAAGUUAUCUUUUCAGGACCAACGUUGAAGAAGUGACGGCGUGCUGUGGAAAUUUUGCUUCGAUUUUGACAUUAUUUGCCCGGGAACUUCAGGACUUUUUGGUGGUGACGCAGACCUACGAAGAGUCAAGAACGGGACCUCGAAGCUGGAGCUGGAUUAGACAGCUGUGGAGCUUGGAAAAAGGUGGAAAUAGUACGGUAUCGUUCAUGGAUGUUCUAGAACAGCGGUUGAACUACAGCGUUCCUGCUGGUGAGGAAAAUGAAAGUAGAUGGGGAUACUACUUCUGGAGCUGGUUUCGAGCGUUUAAACGAGUCGAGGUUCAGUUUGGAAUUCGGGUAGGACUUGGUGCGUUUGUUCUCUCGCUUUUAGCAUUUUAUCCUCCAACGAAACAAAAGUUCAUAAACUGGCGGGGAGAAUGGUCUUUGACGAUAUAUUGCAUUAUGAUGAACAAGUCUUUGGGAGGAACAACCAUGACUGUUAAAUGGAGGUUUAUUGGAACAUUUUUGGGCGCAUGUUCUGCGUAUCUCGUGUGGAUGAUUUCCGAAGCCAAUGGUUAUGCGCUAGCAUUUAUUGGGUUUUUGAUCUCUCUUCCAAGCUUCUAUAUCAUCCAGUUCUGGAAAAAGAACAAUCCGUUUGGACGGUUUAUUCUCUUAACGUACAAUUUAACUGCAUUGUACUCAUACGGAAUGUUGCAACAUGAUUCCGAAGACGGUCAAGAAGGUGGAGAAGAUCCCAUUGUGGGAGAAAUAGCCUUCCACAGAUUCAUUUCUGUAUCUGGAGGAGUGCUUUGGGCACUAAUAAUGGCUUCUUGCUUCUUGCCCAAUAGCGCUCGUUCUCGAUUAAAGUCUGCAAUCACCUUACUUUGGCUCAGAAUGGGAAUAAUGUGGGACUGUGGUCCGCUAGGAUUGACGGAAGAAGUGACCAAUGGGGUGUGUCUGCGGACACUAGUGGGACUCAAGGAUAUAAAGGGUAUGGCCAAAUUGCUUGGAGAAUGUGAGACGCUACUCAAACAAGCGCCCAUCGAAUUCAGACUUAAAGGCACAUUUCCCAAGCAAACAUACGAGGGUCUUCUUCGCCAUACAUCUUCAAUCUUGAACGCGUUUGAGAACAUCCAUAUCAUGAUAAUGGCAGAACCACAACCCACAGAAAAUGAAGUGUACGUUUUGGAUUAUAUCCAGCAAGAAUUGCAAGAACUUCAACAUCGAAUCUACUUGAUUUUUUUCAUGCUUGCCAGCUCCAUCAAGCUCGGGCUUCCACCACCGUCCAAACCAGCGUCCACAGAACACGCACACGACCGCAUGCUUCACAAACUCAGCGAAAUUCGAAUAAAUUCGUUAUCAGAUUCGCAGCUCAAACUCAAGAAUAGUGACUAUGUUCUUUUGUAUUCUUACAUUUUGGUGGCCUCGACUAUCACCAUGGAACUAGACAAUAUCAUUGUUCUCGUGCAACAAUUGGUGGGCCAGACCAUCACCGACGAAGUGCUCCAGUUGGUGUGA